CUGUCUCCCGUCCCUCCCCGAGGCUCUCACAGUGCGGGCGCCCUGCACCGUGCAGCCGCUUCCUUUUCUAUCUCUCGGGCUCCUUGUCCCAGCGGGCGGCCAUGGCCCCUGGUUUCCUCCUGCUCUUCCUGCUGGCGCUUUGCAGAGUGAGUGCAGCCCGCGAAGAAAUGCGAGCAGUGAUUGAUUUUGGAUCAAUGCACAAUGUGAAACAAGAGGCCUCAAUAGUGGAGAAACUGGCCACAGAGAUUCUAACGGUGAAUGAGCUCUUUGUCCUGUCUGUAUUCAGGCUGCCACCCAGACAGGGUGGUAUUCUGCUGGGGUUCUAUGCCAAGAGAGACAACAUGAGAUACCUGGAGGUCACUGUGAUGGGCAAGAUCAACAGAGUGCUUGUCCGCUACCUGAGAGAAGAUGGGAAGACUCAGUCUGUGAAUUUACAAAAUGCAAACUUGUCAGAUGGAAACCCUCAUUCCAUCAUCCUGAGGAUCAGUGGCCUCCAGCGUGACCUGAUCACCAUGGAGCUGUAUGUUGACUGCAGACAGAUGGAUUCCAGUGUGGGGCUCCCGGCGAUGGUGACCGUCCCUCCAGAGCAGGCAGACAUGGUCGAUGUACGGACUGGUCACAGGGCUUACACACGGAUGCAGGGCUCAUUGGAGGAAUUGAAGUUAUUCCUGGGAGGGACAGUGGUCCGUGUUGGUGCAUUGCAGGAGUGCCCAUUUCAGAGGGAUGACGCUGUAAGGAACAUGGUGAAUGGUGCAAAUUCUGUUCUGGGGGACCAGACAAGAGCACUAGUCAAUCAGUUGGCUCUUUUCAAUCAGGUCCUUCGUGACUUGAGAGAAGAUAUUCGUGAGCAGGUGAAGGAGAUGUCCCUGAUACGGAACACCAUCCUGGAAUGCCAAGUGUGUGGAUUUCAUGACCAUCGGUCCAAGUGUGAUCCCAACCCCUGUUUUGAAACUGUGGAAUGUAUGGAAACCUAUGAAUAUCCCGGCUUCCGCUGUGGAUCCUGUCCUGAAGGUUUUACAGGAAACGGCACACACUGCACCGAUAUUGAUGAGUGCUUCUUUGCCAAUCCCUGUUUCUCUGAAUCCAAAUGCAUAAACGCAGUGCCAGGAUUCCGCUGUGAGUCCUGUCCCUCGGGAUAUCAAGGAACAAUUGUAGCUGGUGUAGGAGUGCAAUAUGCAAUGACCGUGAAGCAGGUUUGCUCAGACAUCGAUGAGUGUAAUGAUGGGAAUAAUGGCGGCUGUAUAAUAAACUCUCUCUGCACAAACACAGUGGGUUCGUUUAAAUGUGGUCCAUGCCAGAGAGGGUUUGUUGGAAACCAGACGGUUGGCUGUGUUCACCAGAAGUCGUGCAGCAGUGCCACUGUCAACCCGUGUGACAUCAAUGCACAAUGUUCGAUUGAGCGGAAUGGACAGGUGUCCUGCUAUUGCAGAGUUGGCUGGGCUGGAAAUGGGUAUGUGUGUGGGACCGACACAGAUAUCGAUGGAUAUCCGGACCAUGACCUACCCUGUAUUGACAAUCAUCGUCACUGUAAGAAGGAUAAUUGCCGGUAUACCCCAAAUUCAGGUCAGGAGGAUGCUGAUAAUGAUGGUGUUGGAGAUCAGUGUGACAACGAUGCAGAUGGAGAUGGCAUCAAGAAUGUAGAGGAUAACUGCAGGCUGGUUCAUAACAAGGACCAGCAGAAUUCUGAUGCAGACUCAUUUGGAGACACAUGUGAUAAUUGUCCCAAUGUUCCCAACAACAAUCAAAAGGACACAGACAACAAUGGAGAGGGAGACGCUUGUGAUAAUGACAUUGAUGGAGACGGUAUUCCCAAUCUUCUGGACAAUUGUGCUGGGGUUCCAAAUCCUCUCCAGACAGACAGGGAUGGAGAUGGAGUCGGAGAUGCAUGUGACAGUUGUCCUGAGAUGAGUAAUCCCACACAGACUGAUGCAGAUGAUGAUCUUGUUGGAGAUGCUUGUGAUAAUAAUCAAGAUGGUGAUGGCGAUGGGCAUCAGGACUCCAAAGACAAUUGUCCAGAAAUUCCUAACAGCUCUCAGCUGGACUCUGACAAUGACGGGUUGGGCGAUGAGUGUGAUGAUGAUGAUGACAACGACGGAGUUCCUGACUAUGGGCCAUCGGGUCCUGAUAACUGCCGCUUAAUUGUGAAUCCCAAUCAGAAGGAUUCUGAUGAUAAUGGGAUUGGUGAUGCUUGUGAAAAUGACUUUGAUAAUGACGCUGUCUUUGACCAAUUUGAUGUCUGUCCCGAGAGUGCAGAGGUCACUCUCACUGAUUUCCGAGCCUAUCAGACUGUUGUUCUGGAUCCUGAGGGUGAUGCACAGAUUGACCCAAACUGGGUGGUCCUAAACCAGGGAAUGGAGAUUGUGCAGACGAUGAACAGUGACCCAGGAUUAGCUGUUGGUUACACAGCAUUCAAUGGUGUGGACUUUGAAGGCACGUUCCACGUGAACACUGUGACAGAUGAUGAUUACGCCGGUUUUAUAUUUGGCUACCAGGACAGCUCCAGCUUCUAUGUGGUGAUGUGGAAACAGACAGAGCAGACAUACUGGCAGUCUACACCAUUCCGUGCAGUGGCUGAGCCUGGUCUUCAGCUCAAGGCUGUAAAAUCAAAGACUGGCCCAGGGGAGUACCUAAGGAAUGCUCUUUGGAAUACUGGCACCACCCAAGACCAGGUAACACUGCUGUGGAAAGAUCCCCGUGAUGUGGGCUGGAAGGACAAGACCUCCUACAGAUGGCAGCUGGUGCACAGGCCACAAGUCGGCUAUAUCAGAGUCAAAUUGUACGAAGGACCUAAUCUUGUGGCAGAUUCAGGUGUAACAAUUGAUACAACCAUGCGUGGAGGACGUCUCGGUGUCUUCUGCUUCUCUCAGGAGAAUAUUAUUUGGUCCAACCUGCGCUACAGGUGUAAUGACACAAUUCCUGAUGACUUUGAGCCAUUUCGGAAGUUGCUGCAGCUCCAGAUGAGAGGACGCUGAAGAUCUAAGAGGUCCUCAUGCUAGGUGAUAUCAGGGGCCCUUGUCAAUCGUUUCCAGAACCAGCGAAUUUGGCCAAAUUUGCAACAUCAAACAAAUGUUUAAAACUCCAUAAAAAUUAAAAAAAAAUAAACCUGGCUAGCAGUCUGAUUGUCAAA